UCUCACUCUCACUCUCACUCUCAUUCUCCUGAUUCAUUCCAAUUUGCCCUUCUCACCAAGAUCAUCUUUCAUGACUGCUGCCGGGCCAGUCAAUUUCUGAUGAUAUUGCAAUCACUCACCGUGAUAUAAUUUACAACUAACCCAGUUGAAACUCCGCGAUCUAAGUUCAAUUAAUACGCUGCUCUUCUCCUCGCAAUCCUGAACACUACGCCUCGCUCCCUAUAAGAUUCAGGUGGUGAAAGCCAACUGCAAUUCAAAAUGACAACUCCUACUCCAAUGAAACAUGCUCUUUCACAGCAAGGCAAGACUCCCUCCCAGUCACAACACGGCGCUGUUGCGACUCCCCCAGUCUCGACUCCAUUCUCCGCCGCCCAUGCUGCCAGUGCCUUCUCACCACACGGUCCACGAUCCUCACCACAGCAAGUCAAAAAAUCACCCGCGACUACUCUUGGUGGUCACCCUUCCGUACCAUCCGUAAACUUCGACAGUCCAUCAGCCGCAGCUGCUCUCAGCGCACUCAACAUGGGCUCUUUGGACUCGGGCCUUUCAGGCUUCCUGGGCAGAACUUCAGAGGAUGAACGAGCAAGAAGGCUGGAUGCUAUGAUUGAUAUUCUAAGUCAAAGAAAAGGCCUCGUCAGCGAAGUCGGCCUGGAGCGACUGGCCAAAAGACUCGGCCUGGAAGUAUUCUGGGACGCGCCUGUCAGCAACGAAAAGAAAAAGAGCUUGAUUAUAGCUGGAGCAGCCCUGGAGCUCUCCAUCGACUUCCAAAAAGACAUCGUGCUGUCCCUCAGUCUCAACUUCCCCGAAUCAGCCGACAUCGUCAGCAAGCACGCCGCGGCAGCCGGUGAAAUCCUUCUCAAGGAUUUGCAGUUGGAAGACGGCCAGCUCCCCCUAACCAAGUCUCUCGCCGGAUUUGCGGACAACUUUGAAAGGCUCGCCAUGCUAGACAAACUCAGCCUGAACCCUGGACUUAAUUUGUACGAGGCCGUGGCUGGGGUCUACGAAAGUUUACUUCGCCUACAUCAUUGGGAAAUCCAAAAGCUGAGAGAAGAGCCGGCCUUUGCGGGCAAACGAGAUUUCGAGAUCGAGUGUCUCGCGAUCUGCACUAGAAGUGGCAGACCAACGAUGAACUCGCGCCACAAGACAGGUCUGAGCCUAGAUUAUUGGAAGCAGGGCAGAAAUUUCAAGAGAGAAACCCCAGAGCAAACCGCCGAGAUGAUCGACAACAGCAAAACAUGGAGUCUUCUCAUCGGAUGCACCUCCCUAAACCCAAACAACCCCGUCAGCCCAGUACGCAUCUCUGACAAAUGGAUCAGUGUGGACGUUGAGAGGAUGCCAUUGCCUGAUGAAUUGGGGCCUGUCGUUGACUGGCUCGACCCGCCCCCGACCUAUCUUCCAACCCCCGAGGAUGAGAAAUCAGAUCCAGGGGUUCUGCUCCACGCCCCACGUCUUCCUGAAGCCGUGUUUCAAGCCAUCUUCGACCCUCCCAUUCACAUAUCCGCCGAUCUCUGGGACAAGAUACGGCAACUCGGCGUUGGGGUGGUGGACAGCGCCCCCGAAAAGCUGACCACCUUUGACAACUUGGUACUCCCCCAGGCGCCCAACACUGGCAAUCUUAAGAGCAGCGACCAAGCCAACGCCGAAGCGAGGACCACAGUAUGCCACAAGAAGAUCCCCAACUUUCCGCACCCCAACGAAAGCGAGGAGGUGCAGAUCAUGAACCACACGAAUACUCUCUACGUCUACGAGCCAGUCUAUGGCAAGACUCUUACCGAGCUCACCUUUUCUCACCCUCAACACCUGGUGAUGAUGUUGCCCCAUCUUCGGCAAUAUGUUUUUUUGUCGAUCCUGCUGGAGAACAGCUUCGAGGAGGACGCCGGCACAAAUAUCACGUUCAGCUCGACGAAAGUAUCGCCAACGACUGCCGGGGACGGAACUAUAAUGACCAAAACUAACAUGGAUGAGUUUUCUGGCUUCAUGCAGUCCGGCUUGAACGGGGGUUCGUCUGCUGGCAUCAGGCAAGAGGAUUAUGCCGCGGCCGAAACCGAACGGAGAGCGAAUGAAACCGGGAAGAAGCUGGACUUGAACAUUGAUGUUACUCUCACCAUCCUUCCGGUUCCGCGUCUUCAGAUUGUGUUCCCGUUCAGUGAGAACAAGACGGCGAACAUCCUCCUCGAGAUUAGGGAGAAUGGGCAUGUCCAUGUGGAGGCGCAGAAUGUGCUGGAUGAGGGGAACAUGAUGGGGAAGAAUGGGAGGACGAGGAGGGUGGAAGAUAUUGGGUUGGUGUUGGAGGCGUUGGAGGAUAUUGGGAAGUGGGCGAACUUUCUGGUGACGAGGUGGGGGAAUUAA